GGGAAGUGGACUCCAACUUGCAACUACUUUUUGAAAAAUUGUAAACCCAUUAAAUAAACCAAUCCCUAGAUUGCCACUUUGCAGAUGAGUCAUCGUUCAGGUUUGCCUUGGCUUCAUGGCUCCUUCUCUUCUCUUUUCCCCUUUCUCUUUCUUUUAAACAAAGCUACCUAAAACCUAUCCAUCCAAGCUUCUCACUCGUUUAUUCGCUUUCACAAUCUCCCUUUAUUAAUAUUUUGGGUGUCUUUUGCUCCCUUCUGUUAUAUCUAUUUUUAAAAAUUGUUUCCUUUUUAGUUUUUCCUUCUUUCUUUUUUCCAAUGGGGUGAUUAGUUGGUGAGCCAGACCCUAGCUGCCCUGUAUUGACUUGCCUUAGAUCAUGGAAAGCUCGUUGUUUUGUGGAAUACUCUUAGACCUCUUUACAUGAUUUCAGGCCUCUUUUCAGAAUUUACACCAGAAUUGAUAUCGUCCAGAGGUUUGGCAACCAGUCCUCCAUUGGAGGUGAACAUUUGUGAGAGAUUUGGUGAGCAAAGCAAUCAGCUUUUCUGCAGACAAUGAAGUGUUUUUAUUUCUACAACAAAGAGAAGAAUGAUGAACCAAAGACUACCAAGUCUCCUUCUGGUCAUUCCACUUCCUCUUUCUUUUCGCUUGAUCGCGAUCCAAGAAGAUCAGAGUUUAAUUCUCAGGAUGUCUCGGAAUUUAGCACAACAUCCUCUGUCAAAUCAUUUGCAGCAAUGUCUCAAAGACAGAGCAACCUAAGAGAAUUCACAUGUGCGGAGCUGAAAGCAGCAACAAAGAAUUUUAGUCUCUCCCUCAUGCUUGGAGAGGGUGGGUUUGGUGGUGUGUAUAGGGGUAUCAUCAGGUGUGCACAAGAUCCACAUAAGAAGAUAGAUGUCGCUGUUAAACAACUGAGUAAAAGGGGAUUGCAGGGCCACAAAGAGUGGGUGACUGAAGUUAAUGUUUUAGGGAUUGUUGAGCAUCAAAAUCUUGUCAAAUUACUGGGCUACUGCGCUGAGGAUGAUGAAAGAGGGAUCCAGAGGCUCCUGAUAUAUGAAUACAUGCCCAACAGGAGUGUACAAGAUCACUUAACAAGCCGGUUUCAGAUUGCACUCCCUUGGGUCACAAGGGUCAAAAUAGCACAGGAUGCUGCUCGAGGAUUAGCAUACCUCCAUGAAGAAAUGGAAUUUCAGAUUAUCUUCAGGGAUUUCAAGUCUUCAAACAUACUUUUGGAUGAACAUUGGAAUGCAAAGUUAUCUGACUUUGGAUUAGCGCGGUUGGGGCCUUCAGACGGAGUGAGCCACGUCUCUACUGCCGUUGUUGGAACAGUUGGAUAUGCAGCUCCUGAAUACAUUCAAACAGGACAUCUCACGUCGAAAAGUGAUGUGUGGAGUUACGGCAUUUUCCUUUUUGAACUCAUCACAGGAAGGCGGCCUGUGGACCGAAACCGCCCCAAGAAUGAGCAAAAGCUCUUGGAAUGGGUGAGAGCACAUCUGUCUGCAGAUUCAAAAAAGUUUCAGCUUAUUAUGGAUCCAAGGCUCGAAGGGAAGUAUUCCCUCAAGGCUGCACAAAAGCUAGCAGCUGUGGCCAACCGGUGCUUGGUAAGACAGCCGAGAUCACGUCCUAAAAUGAGUGAAGUACUGGAGAUGAUAAAUAGAAUUGUGGAGACGACAACAGAUAUGGGAAGCCCUCAACAACUCCCUUCAGAGAGUUUAGAGCACUCCAAAGAUGAAUUUUUGACAGAAUCCAAAAGGGAGAUUUUGAGAAGGAAGUUUGUGGAUCCACUUAUUGGAGAGAAUGGUUGCUUGAAUUUGCAAAUAUGGAGACCCAAGAUUGUGAAGACAUGUUGAUAGAAGCACAACAAGAUCAUUGUUAUAACUGUUUUGGUUGUCAUGGGAGAAGCUGGCUCAUAUAACAGUGAAAUUGUAAAUGGAAGUGUUCAAGUUGUAUACUUGUUGGCCUCUUGAAGCAAAAACUCUUAGAGGCUCCCAGGGGAGAUUUUAGAUUAAAGGUAUAAGAUCAUUGCAUAGGCUGCUAUAGCACAUCACAAAUGUAACCUUUCUUCCUACCUAAUAUAUUCUAUAUUCCCAUGAA